AUGGAAGGCUCGAGACAACGACGGGUCCAUCAGGCUUGCGAGCCCUGUCGCCGGAAAAAGGUCAAAUGCCCUGGACAACGGCCAACGUGCUCGUUUUGCCAGCGCCUGGGACAGCCUUGCAAUUAUAGCUCCGGUCCGCCUGGCCAGCGGUUCCGUAAUCAAGAAAGGCAUCAUGGCACUCUCGGGCGUCGGAUGGAGGCACUUGAAGACAAGCUAGAUCAAGUCCUGCGGUCUCUAGACCGUUCCAACACACGAGCUUCACCGACGGGUGUCCUUACCAGAUCAUCGAAAUCUACACACUCUCCGACGCCCUCACAAGCACACCAAACCAUUGAAUUGCAGCCUAUUCAUGACGUCGGACUCCCAAUCUUCCCGGCUGGAGAAGACAGGCUUGUUGAAGUUGGUCAGUUAUACCAGAAAUGGUGCCACAACCAACCACUGUGUCUAUUCAGACAAGAGGAUUUCCCCAACUCUGUCCAAUUCCGUGAUCAGGAGCUUCAGCUAGCAAUACAGACGUUGACUUGCCGAUUUCCACCCGGCCAUCUCAAACCCACCAUUCGACACGAGAUAGACUCAAUGUCUGGCCUGUGUCGAAAAUUAGUCAUGGAACACGUUGCAAACAGCAAGGUGAAGCUUUCAACAUUACAGACCCUCUGCCUUCUGAGCAUGGCCUGCUUUGCCGAUGGAGAUGUGAUGCAAGCAGGCCUUGACCUUGCAAUGGCCAGCUAUUUUGCAAGCUGCCUCCCGGCUGCGUCAUCCCUUGGGGACCCAUUGGAAUGCUCCCUGUGCAUUCAAAGCAUUUCCUUACUGCAAUGCCUCCAGGCAUCUAUUCCCGAUGCAACAAAGGCUACGAGCAUAGGGACAUUGUUCAGGAACAGCAGUAUGUUGGAGACAACCAAUCAUCGAUCCAUUAGACUUCCUCUGCGUUAUGAGCCAGGUCCCGAGGAUGACUCAGACCGCGGCAUCCUAUUUUACAUGUCCCAAGCUGCUGAGGUAUGGCAUAUGGCCCGGAUUUACGCAGCUGCACAAGUCGGAUCGGAAGAUCCUCCCCCAUGGGAACCACAAUCUGAUUAUUCAAUUGUCAUGUUGCGCAACCUUGAGCUGGACUGUAGAUUCCCACUCAGGUACCGAUUUGCAAAGAAUAAUUUUGGGGGUGUAUCCCCGGAGGCACUACAUCAGCGAAGGGACUAUUGGGGUCCAUGGCUAUUUAUACAAUUUAUUCAUGCUGCCAUUCCGACUCUAAUAAAUCACCCUUUCCUCUUAUCCAUGCGCUUGAAAAAUUUCCGGCACAUGAUGCCACAAACCUUCAUGCAUCAAUCAUUUGAUCAUAUCUCCCGGCAUACUGCCUGGACCAUUUGUUUUCUCGAUCUUGUGGAAACGCAAAAUUUCCAGAUUUCCGAUCCUUCCAUUGCCCACUGCGUGGUCGUGGUUGCUACGAUUCACUUACAACACAGUUUCGUUGAGGAUGACAGCCUUCGCAAGAGAGCACAAGACGGUUACGAUAAGUGCAUGCGAUUUCUGGACCGCAUGGGAUCAAUAUGGCCUUUCGUUUUCUCGAUGACGCAAAACCUUCGCAAACUUGAAGAUAGCAUUACUACGGUUCCACCGAUUGACACUCAAUCCAACGGGCCCCACGAGCCUCACCUCUCCUGGUCGAUCGAUGCUCAGUUACUCUGGGAUAUUCUGAUAUACGAAAAAGCGGGCAGAAGGGAAACGAAUACCGAUAAAUCCAUGUUUGAUGGUAUCAUCGAUGUGGAGGAUCAAUGUCAUGAGUCAGAUGUUGCAGAGUUUUCCAUGGUUGGUACUGCAGGCAUCUCGGGUCAUAAGACGGCUUGGAAGGAGAUCUCUGCCUAUGCACCCGAGGACAACACUCCGCGCCACCAACUCAAUAGGUUGAACACACCAAUUGGGUCUACCAGCCAAGGACCCAGUGCCACACAAUUGGGGGGUGUCGAUAGUUUGACAGACCUGAACAUGAUUAAUCAGGGCGACUUCUUUCUACAAGCUGAAGAUUAUGGGAGGGCCAUCCAUGACUGGUUUAACUUUGAUAUGACCGAUCCAAUGUACGGUCGGAUGCUUUGAAGCAGUCGCAUGGGGGCUUUGUGAUGAAUAAAGGCGUUAGGGAAUACUUUCCUCCGCCACAAUCAAGAGACUCUGAGGCAGAAAUGAGUCCCUUCCGAACAAGAAACCAAACAGACAACCUUGAACCAUGGAGGCGUCGUAUGAUUCACCAAGCUUGUAGCGUUACAGAUUGACUCAAAGGGGCUUACUACGUUGCAUUUUGCCUCA